UCCCCAAAGCAAGGUACAAUAAGAAACAUGUUUCUCUGAGUCUAUGUGCACUUAGUCCAGAAUAUGGAUGGAAUUUCAAUUUCAUAGGGUAGAUCUAGAUCUAGCUCUAGCCCAAGGCAACUAAAUUACUAAGUGACUAUUCAAUUUUUCAAGCUUUUGUAAGCUGAUUAAUAAAAUAAACUUGACCAUGGGGUUAAUCGCUAGAUUAACUCACCAACUGUGCAACAAGCAAUGUGCAUCAUCAUAUCUUAAAAUCUAUCACCGGACAUUAUGUAUAAAAACACAGUUAACCUCUAGGAAGAUUUUCUUCACUCAAAGUCAUACCUUUUUAGGGACUAAGUUAUCAAUCAAUUCCAACAAAGGUAAAAAUCAUUUAACAUUUUUUCAAUGUGGGCAUAUAUCUUCACUUUCUAAUGAGGAUUUUAUGAUGCUUCCUGUGUAUUUGCAUGCAGAAAAGCAUAUAGAAAAUACAGCCAUUGUAGAUGCUGAAGGAUGUUUUACCUAUGCAGAACUUUUUCAUCAUAGCAUGUCUGUAGCUUUAGAUAUAUUAAAAUUGUUAAAUGCACAGACUAUGAAAUUAAAUGGAGAAAGAAUUGCAGUACUGACUGAACGCAAUGCCUUAUUCUCGAUAUGCCAGUUUGGAACAUGGUUUGUUAAUGGCGUGUCUGUGCCACUAUGUGAAGCCCACCCAGCAUCUGAAUGGGAAUACUUCUUACAAGAUGCACAGUGCUCUCUGGUUUUGGUGAGCCAGACAUAUCAUGAUAAGAUAGCACCAGUCGCUGAAAAACUCGGAAUCAAGCUCAAGGUUUUUUCAAGAAGUGAGUUUGGCAAAGAUUUUGAAAGGAACCGGUGGUAUCAGCCAGAUUUUGCUUCCAACCCAAAGAAAGUAAAGAGGGUAUACAAAGAGAGAAAAAAGCGGUGGUUUGAUAUGCCCCAGGAGCUUGUGAUGAAAAAACCUGCAUUGAUUGUAUACACUAGUGGAACAACUGGACCACCCAAGGGUGUGGUUCUUACUCAUGGGAACAUCUCAGCUAUGGUGUAUAGCAUGAUUCAUUGCUGGGGGUGGACUUCUAAUGAUGUGAUACUGCAUGUUCUACCAUUGCAUCAUGUACAUGGAAUUAUUAAUAUACUGUACACAUCUCUGGCUAGUGGCGCCACCUGUGUGAUGGAACCCAAAUUUGACGCUCAAAGGGUAUGGGAUCUUCUAACUUUGCCAUCCAUUAAGCACCUAAACCGCAAUAUCAAUCUUUUCAUGGCUGUACCAACCAUCUAUGCCAAGCUGAUAGAGUAUUUUGAAAAGAAUAUCAGUAAUCCAAAUGCAUCUUUAACUGUUGAAUUCAUUAAGCUCACAACAUCUUUAAAAAUUAGACUAAUGGUCAGUGGCUCAGCAGCCUUGCCCCAGCCUAUUAGUGAGAAGUGGGAGAAGAUUACUGGACAUAAUUUACUAGAACGCUAUGGGAUGACAGAAGUAGGCAUGGCUCUUUCCAAUCCUUUACGUGGUCACAGAAUCCCAGGUUCAGUUGGUAAACCCAUGCCUUAUGUUGAAGUACGUAUUGUCAAACCAAAUGUGUACAGCUCUCUAGGCUACGACAUUUUGGCUGAGGGAAAUUCAAGGCUCACUUUUGUCACACCAGGUUCAGAGGGUGAAAUUGGAGACCUGCUUGUGAAAGGACCUACUGUUUUUCAUAAAUACUGGAAUAAACCAGAAGCUACUGCAGAAUCAUUCACUAAAGAUGGGUGGUUUAAAACUGGAGACACUGCUGUAUACAAAAAUGGUGUUUAUUCGAUAAUUGGACGCACAUCAGUGGAUGUGAUCAAGAGUGGUGGAUACAAGAUUAGUGCGCUUGAUGUUGAGCGCCACCUGCUGGCACAUCCUGACAUCUCUGACUGUGCAGUCGUUGGUCUGUCAGAUGUAACUUGGGGACAAAAGGUUGCAGCUGUUAUUGUGCAGAAAUCUGACUCCAAAUUAGAUUUGGCAACUCUACGUGAAUGGGCGAGGGAUCGCUUACCACCAUAUCAAAUUCCAACUGUUUUAAAGUGCCUUGAAGAAAUUCCCCGCAAUGCUAUGGGUAAAGUCAAUAAAAAAGAGCUCAUCAGCUUAGUCUUCCCAGAGUAUGCUAAGAAAAAAUGGUUUUAAGUUGUAAUUAUGCUGUGGUACACUGAAAGGUUGAGAAGAGUUUUAUUUAAGUAUUGGGAGCAAUUUUUUAUUCUUUUUUGUUACCAAGCUGUUUAUUUGAAACUAUUGUAAGAUUCAAUUUAAUUAGAGAAAACAUUUAACUGCCAGUAUUUGUAAAUAUAAGUUCAGUUUUUACUGACCAUGUACCUGGUUAGGUUUAACUAUUUUUUUUAAUCUUAGAUAUCACCAACUAAAGCCAAUACAGUAGAGUAUUUCUAAUUUGGUAUAAAAUUAGCUUUCAUAUGGCUCAUACACUGGUUUUUCUAUAUGAGAAAGUAAAAUGACCUCAGUGCAAUUUUAUCAAAUAUGUUUACAGGAUCUGUCUUGUUUUUUAAGUAAAAAUACCUACAAUCUGAAUUAGAAUUUUUUUAAUAGCAGAAAUGUGCCUGAUCAGAAAAAAAGUGUUACUUAUUUAAAUUUAAUGUAUUUGGUAAUUAUAUUUAUUUGUUACAUUUUUUAUUAUGUGUUGAUGUAAUUUUUUUGUUUGGAAUGCCAGUAUUUGAACAGCGCAAUUAUCAGUCAAUUUGAAGGUUGUUAAUUAUCCAGAUGUUUGCCCACUAUCUGUUCUUGGUAAAAGAUAUAUAUAUAUAUAUAAACAGGGUUUAUAUUUUCUUUGUAAUUUAUUUUACAAAGGUUGUAGAAUUCCUGAAAUUUUACAAUAUAUAUCAAUAGUGUUAUGGGUAGUGUAUACAGCAUGUAUUUCAGCACAUAAUUUUUAAAGAUUUGUUUAGAAGCUAAUAAUAGUAUAAAGAAUUGUAUUAUUAUUUUUACUGACUUGUUUUUUCCCCCAAAAUGUUGACUUGCUGUAUUAAGAACCAUUGAUUAAAGGUAUGUCUUUUAUUUGAAAUUUCUUGCUCUUACAGUGUCCUUAUAAGUGGUUAAACUAUGUUGAUCAACAUAUCCAUAUCUCAUGUUUUGAAAUUAAGUUUUUGUUUUAUAUUUAUCAUUUGUUAAAUAUCUUGGCAUUAACUAGUCUCAGCAUUUUAUUGCCUAAUGACAUGGUUUGUUAAACCACAAACUUUGAAUAUUAUUACCCAGUAAUAUGAUACAUGUAACUGAUCUUCUCACUCAUAUUUAAACAAUAAACAUUUUUAAAACCACCUUAUUCAUAUUAAUCAAGAAUAUUUUUUUAAAAUCUUGACCUAUUUGUUUGUGAUUUUUAAUUAUCAUUUAAUAUUCAUAAAAACAGAAUUUUAAAUUAAGCGCACUUAUGAGGCCUGAGGUUUUUAGAUGACUUGACUUAUUCUUUUGUGGCCCCUGAGGAGCAAAGGGCUGCACCUCUCCACAGGACUCAGUUUUGUGCCCAUGUAAGCCCAGAAGCCCUCUCCUUCCAUUAGACAGAACACUUACUUUUUAAAAGUUCAGACUGUGAUAUUUAUUUAAAAAUCACAUUUAAGCCAUUUAUAUUUAUGAAAUGUGCUAGUAUCUACAGAA